AUGAAUAUGGCGGAGGUGGGAAAGAAGCAGGUAGCUAUUGUUGGUGCUGGCGUAUUCGGCCUCUCCCUGGCAUUAGCACUGCAGAAACGAGGCCACCGCGUCACGGUCUUCGACAGAUAUCGUUACGAUGAAGCGCAUUACCAGCCUUUGAGCUCAGACCAACAGAUCGCAGCAUCAGUAGACCACAACAAGAUUUUCCGCGCCUCUUACGGCACCAAGCUCCACUACCAACGUCUCGCUUUAGAAGCUCGCAAAGCGUGGGAGUCCAUCGACAAUGCUCGCCAGGAUGCAGCUCAUAAGCUGUUCGACCCAUGCGGGAUGCUUCGUGUCCAGCCGACGGAUGAGCUCUCGCCACUUGAAAGGGAGACGCUAGCCAGUAUGGAGCGGGAAGGGCUGCGUGACAACCAGUUUGUCGAGGGUAACCGGGAGGAUUGUGAGCGUGCCAAGAAUGCCGGGUGGGAUGAGAAGUUGCUGAAGUUUAGCAUUCCUGAUGAACCGGAGGGGAAGUCUUUCGAAGCAGUGCUUGACUCGCUGGCUGGGUUCACUAGGUGUUCUGAUGCUUGUGCCCAUUUUUUCACAUUGGCAAAGAAUGCCGGUGUUGAGUUCGAGUUUGGUGACGCAGGCGCCUUUGAGAGCCUGCUCCAUCAGGACGAUGAUCGCACGCAGCGUGUUAUUGGCCUAAGGACAACUGACGGCACCAACCACCACGCCGACGUAGUCGUCAUCGCCGCUGGCUCAUUCUCGACGCAAGUCCUGCCCGAUCUAGCAUACCACAUGGAAUCAUCAGCUGGCAGCAUCGCCACCUUCAAGAUCGAAGAAAGCGAACAGGCACUCUGGGACAAGUUCUCACCCGAGAAGUUCCCCGUAAUGACCUGGAAGAGUGCCAGCCGCGAUGAGGACGGACGAGAUCGAGGUAGCGUAUACGUCCUGCCACGAACGCCGGAUGGACUUCUGAAGAUAGGCUACCGCGGCGUCAAGUUCACCAACUUCCAGCCAGCGCCCGAAAAUGCUUGUUUCACGCAAGAGGGGAAGUGGUCAAUACCAUUACCAGCGGCGGAGUGUGAUGUAAUACCGGAGAAGGCAGCGACGGAUAUCCGGCACUUCGUUGAGGUGUUCCUGCCAGAGUUCAGGGAUGUGCCGUUCCAUUCGACAAAGCUGUGCUGGUAUACCGAUACGCUUGACAAUUCGUUCCUGAUCGACUACGUGCCAACAUACGCUGACAAGUCAGUCUUUGUCUGUACGGGAGGCAGCGGGCAUGGUGCGAAGUUCAUGCCAGUUCUGGGAGAGCACGCCGCAGACAUCCUUGAGAAUGGCGAUGCAAGCGCUACGCCGAUGCGACCACACUGGCGCUGGAGAGACGAUGUCCCGAGAGGUAACGGCCUGCAGGAGGGUCCGCAUGGUCCUCGUAAUAUUGGCAAAAAGUGA